AUGGCUGAUCUACACAAGUUCAUAAGACAGCAAUUCUCAGACAAUAAUUGGUCUAAACAAUGUGACCUCUCAAAAAUCCCGGUAACGAAGUUGAGGGAGAUAGCUGAAGCUUUCAACCAGCUGGAUGUUAAGUCGAAGUUAACACUUACCUUCACGUAUACCAAUUCUGUCAUCCCUUCAGAUCCUGAGAUUGCUGAACUUGUCGACAGUGUGGUUCUGCAGGCGUUAGUCGAGGACAACAACUUCGUGCGAUGUGUUGCAACUGCGCUUCAUAGUCGUCAGUCUCUCAACCACCUUAUAUUUGACCUUUCCGAUACUAGCGAAUCGUUCGCUAAGACCCUUAAAGAUCUCGAAGACUGCUCAACAGAUGGACACAUCUCCUCUAAAAUUCCUCCUCUAGCGGAAUUGCUUGACGCACGCAUCACGGAUGAUGCACUGGGUCUUUCCUUUUCCUCCUCCUCAUCGCUACCUAAAGAUCUCAGAAGCAACUGCCUAAACUCUUUUUGCGGCUUUACAAUUCGCGAAAAGACACCGGCUCAGCAAAUGAAGGAGUCUUACCUUGAUCGCCUACAGGAAGAGUGUGAGCGUCGUCGUGUUCAUGUGCCCAUCCCUGGUCGCAGUUUCGGCAAACAGGAUGGCGGAGAGGACGUUUCUCAAGACAGUGUCAGUCAUCACCUACAUUCGCUCCGCUCGGAAUCUCCCCUGGGCUGUCGCCGCGCUCCUAGUUUUCCUCGACGUUCUUCUGCUGUUCGAAAGACAGAUAUGAAUGACGGCCAAGUUUCAGCCCCCAUCAGUUCUGUCAACACUGGGCCUUCUGCAGCAUCCACGAAUUCUAACACUAGUGCCCGAGCUAAGUUGUUGGCGAUGCACAAUCGAAGUCCAGCAGCCGUGUCAGCGACAUCAGCAGUAGGAUGGAAUGGCAACAGUAGUUCCAGCAGUGGGGCCAGUGGAAAUACUUCACGACGAAUGAUGCUUCUCUCCUCUUCAACAACCUCAGAGCCUGGUGAACGAGCUUCCCUCCGACAUCUGAAUGCCUCGGGUGCUUCAGUGGCUGGCGGCAAACGAUCAAGUGGAAUAAAAUUGCUAGACUUUCAGGACUUACCCGCUAUUGGGCUUCAGGCAAAGAAAUUGCGGAAAGAACAACAAGAGAAGGAGCGUGAAGAGAAGCGAAAGGAACGAGAGCAGAAAGCGCAGGAGCGUCGUGAAGCGCGCGACGCCGCUCGCCGCGCGAAGAUGCUUGCUCAUGCUGCUGCUUCUGCUGCUGCUGCCGGGGGCAAGAAGACGGGUGUGGCUUUACUGUCUCCGCCCUCUCAUCCCAUUCAAACACCCGUUGUCUCCCAAGCACUGCCGCUGUUGCAGCCGAUGCCACAGCAACCACCCCGGCUCCAGCCAGGUCUCGGGCCUGUCGCGGCGACUGCGAAACCUAUAGGCUGGGAUAUGCAACAACCCUGGACUCCGUUUGGUGUUGGACCGACGCGUAACCACCACCGUGUUCGACAACCCAAUCGACAAGGGGGAUCCGAUCAGAAUGGGGGGGAUGAGGUGGUGGACGAUGAUGAUGAGGAUUAUGAGGAUGAUGAUGAGGAGGAAUGUGAAGCUGUUGUUGGUGCUGAUGGCGCGUUUCACUUGACUGCUCCCCGGGGCUUUCGGGGUUUCACUGAGGCCAUUCCGCAGAACUCAGUAUCCUUGCGGUCUCAACAGAGCGUGACACCCACCGCCACCAUCCUGCUUCAACGCUCCACCCAGGGCGACCACUUUGCUCCCCAUCUCAUAACCACGGGUCAGCAGGCGGCAGCUCAAGGGGGCGUGUUCCAGGCUGUGCCUGGGGGCCCACGGUUCCGCUUCGUGAGACCGUGGGCACCGCCGUCGCAAGGUCAAGCCCCGCAGAAGGCCGCUGCCGGUGUAGAAGGGGUCACUGCCACAGCUUCCACGCAGCUCGUCCAAUUGCCGGAUGGUCGAAUCGCGCUGGCCACCACCGCACCACAUCAAAUUUCUCAACAGCAGCAACAGCAACCACAGCCGCAACAGCAGCAAACUGUAAUAAUCGCGAAUCCUGGCACUCGUCUCCAAAUGGCAGCAACUCCCACCACCCAGAUUCCCACCUCUAUACCCACUUCCACUCUUCAGGCAGCAACUGGCUCUCCCCAACAGGUUCUUAUUCGCAGUCCUGCGCUGGUCUCCACAGCUCCGCCACAUCAUCAUCAGCAGCAGGCUACCGUUAUGGUCAAUUCCUCCCUUCCACAAGCCACCCUUCAAGUUUCCAUGGGACAGACUGUUCCCCUCGUUGCUGCCCCUCGUCUUCAGCCUCGGCUGAUACAGAUCCGUCCACGAACGCCAGUUGUAGUUACAACCGCGUCUACAGUCACCUCGGUGGCGCCUUCAACGGCUGCCGCACCGGGCACAAUCCCGGUGAUUCUGCCAUCUUUGAGCAGCAGUACAGCCAACAUCACCUCCAGUAGUGCUGGCUUCCAGCAACGGCCGCGUUUCGUUGUUGCCAAUUCUCUCCGUCAGGUAGCUCCCACGUCAGCUGUUCACAACCCACCCCAACAACAAACAUUGAUGAGGAUAGUUCCUCGACCCGCUCAGGCACCGUUAGCUCCGGCUGCCACGGCUGGAGCGAAACAGCUGUUACCACAGCCGCCUCAAGCACAACCUCCGCCACUGGCGCAGCCAAGGGAGAAGAUUCAUUUGACCUCAACCCAAUUGACCUCUAUCCAGACCCUCUUUCAGGGCGCCAAUCGCCUCACUCGUCCCGACAAGGCUAUUAUCCUCUCCUUCUUCAGUGGCAAGCGUGUAAAUCCACACCCAGAAGGCGGAACCGCAUUGCGUAUUCGCCUGUCGGAGUACCGAGAGCGAGUGAUCGAUGCGACUUCGGGGAAGGUGAUGGACGUGGCCGCAGAAACCUUCAUCCACUUGGACUACGCCACGGGCAAGUUUGAGUGCGUCAAGUCUUAUCGCACUCUCCCCCCGGAGCAGCUGAUGGCUCUGCCUCCUAUCAUGUCAUCACGGACGGGCAUUGGCGGUGCCGGUAGCGGCAAUGAGCGAAACAGCAACGCGGCGGGUCCGAUGACCCGCAGCGACUACGAGGAGGCCUAUCGACGUAGGGACAAGCGUACGCUGCAGCAGUUGUUGGCCGAGGAAGAGGCGCUCAUCGACAAUGAGGCAGCGGACUUUGAGACAGCCGAGAAGGAGGCCAUUGCCGCCGCCUUCUCAGCUUGGGUGCCUAUCACUCCUCAGUACAUUGACGCUCACUUCCAACUGUGGUCUCUCUCCCGUCGUCCUGGCGACAUCUACGAAGGCGUUCAGUUGCCCGGUGACGCACCUUGGCGUCUACCUUCUGCCAAGGGGCUCCUGACUCGUGAUUUUAAUCCAGACAACUAUGAAGAAGAUCUGUUUGAGAUGAAACAUCGAGCCAAUGCGGAGUUGAAGGAGGGCAUUGGGGAACUCUCCCCUGUACAGUAUGCAAUUCAUGUUCAGUCCACUCCAACGUAUCAAGAAAACAUGGCAAUGUCGUCAAUAGCAGAAGAGUACUACUACCUCGCGGGUCACAUCGGUUGGGUGGAUCUGCACGACAGUGGACUGGCCUCCCGUCUGCGCACUCUUAUGCUGGAUCCCUUUUUGGUGGGACUGCGUCACGAUCUCACCAACACUGAUGCCAGCCUCCUCCUCGAUCCCUACGUCGACUGCGCUUUUGCAGCCAUAGAACAAAACAAUAUGCCCUUUGAUCUUAUGAUCGGUCCACACCAGCUUAAACACGCCUGCCAUCUGGCCUACAAACACCCGCGUUUAAAACUCGUCCUUAAUCACUGUGGCCUUCCCUUGGAGUACACUUCGACACGUCCGGAUGAAGAAAUAAUUCUCUCGGCGUGGAAAAGUGAUCUGGAAUAUCUCAGUCGUUACCCAAACGUCUACUGUAAGUUGACAGCGACUUCGGGAAAGAUUGUGUGGCAGGCGGAUGCGAAGGUGGAGACGGAGGAAUGGAGCCCGAUGAGAGUGCUGACUCAGGCGAUCGGAUUUUUCGGUCCAGAACGGUGCCUCUUCGGCUCCGGGUGGCCAAUCUGCCGGGUGUUGGCUCCAGCGCAAACAGGUUGGGAUGAAAGUGGCACUGGCGGUGCGUUGGCGGCGAAAGGCGGUGUUGGCGGACCGGUGCCUGGCUACCGCGGGGCGAAGGUGGCAAGGCGACAGCUGUCAGUGUGGGAGGCAGCCCGUCUAGUGGAGCACUGUAUGGAGGAGGCGGGAUUCGGUGCUAUUGAGGAUAAGCGAAAGGUGUUUGGGAGCAACGCACAGGCUGUUUAUACUCUUAACAUUCGGCCCUAUGGCUCGAGUCGGGUGCUCCCGGUGGACGAAGCACCGACAGGCGAAUUCGAUGUAGCUCAGUGUGACGAAUUCGUGUACGUAGAUGAACCACCGAUUCUCAGUACUGCCAAAAUGUGGCUCUCAAACCUUCUUUUUCGCUGUCGUCGAUCACCAAACGCCAUGUUUUUUACUGGUGUGCUUAUUGGAAUGAUGGUAUUUUGGAUCCUUGAUGCUCGUCGGGCCUCAGAAUACUUGUUAGUGAGGAAUAUGGAUGUCUACAAAGAUACCAUAGCGUACCAAAAUUUGCGAAACGACAGCGGCCAACGGCACGCUUUUGGAAUAAUUAAAACUUGGGCUUAUUACUUUUGCACUUUUUAUAAAGUAGAACGCACAGUUGCAGACGAAUUAAAAGAGAAGAUUCGCGUGUUUGCUACCAUUCUGACAACACCGAGAACCAAGCUGUCCAAGGCGAUUCACGUGAAAGAAACUUGGGCAAAGCGUCUCAAUGGUUACGUGUUCGUUAGUUCCGAGGAGGACGAAGAAUUGCCAUCCAUCCGCGUAGUGGAAAUAGAAAGUCGGGGCCUGCUUUGGGAGAAGAUACGCCGUGCUCUGGUCCACACCUAUGAAAAUGUUCUCAAUGAUUACGAUUUCUUCAUGAAAGCCGAUGACGACACCUACGUGAUUGUGGAAAAUCUCCGACUACUACUCUCUAAACACGAUCCCAACUUACCUAUUAUUAUGGGCAGGCGAUUCAAUGCAAGCUUACCAGCUCUUUUAUACUAUUGGUAUGUAUUAUCUCGCGCUGCCCUAAAGUUGAUUGCUGAGGCAAUGCUUAAGGAAGCACCUGGCUGUCAUAAGCGUGGCGGGUCUGAGGAUGUCAAUUUGGGUGCCUGUGCGGAAGCCGUGGGCGUGCAAAUGGUGGACAGUUUGGAUGCACUCAAUCGAGAGACCUUCCAUCCCUUCCGUCCUAGCACCAUAUUCGACCGAACGUACAUAGACAGGGUUUCCUGGAUUCAUUACUACAACUACUUUCCUGUUAAAACGGGCCUCGAUUGCUGCAGUGAUCACUCCGUGUCUUUUCAUUACGUCAGUCCAAGAGACAUGUACGUUCUGGAGCUCCUCCUGUACCACAUUUACCCGUACGGUAUCGGUAAAGGUGUGGAACAGUACGAUUCACCAAAGCAAGUAAACCAAACUCAGGAACACCUGUCUUUGGAAAAGCGACUGUGGAAUCGUGUUAAUUUUUGA